AUGGAAGAAGAAUCCAAUGUAACCCGUCAAUCCUUAGAAGAAUUUAAGCAAGAAAUGAGAAACAGCUGCAAUGAAACGAAACAACAAGUUAUAGUAAUAGAAGUAAAGGUGAAAGAAACGGAGAAGAAAAUUGUGGAAUUCUCAGGACGGAUUGGUAAGAUCAUUCAGAACAUAUGCACAACUCUAUUAGAUCCGCCAAGUUCACAAGGACAACAACAUAAACCGUACUGUCAAGAACAAAUUAAAACAUUGAUUGAAGCCAUGGCAUCGUUAUCAAAACCAUCGCUAUGA